CCCUAAUUUCAGUGUCCUCUCGGGUGCCGUCAAAACAUUGACGCUCAAUGAGUCAACAUCAACACAGCAUCGUUUGCUGUUUCAUUUGUUUACUUAUUAAACGCGCAAAAUGUGAUAGAUAGUAUUAUGUAAUAGUUUAUUUACCGUUUAAUAAUAUAAACUCUCUUUUACCAUAUUAUACUGGUGCAAUUUUAAAUAAAAACUAUAUUAAGAUCAGUGAUUUAUUUAUAGACGUGAAGAUUGUGUAGUGAUUUAAAACUCGUGCUCUUUUUAUGAUAUAGUUAGUGGUACAUUGCUUUUAGCUUUAUUAAAUGCAUCUUGCACGUGUCUAAAUAUUAAUAUGGCUACUUUACCUCGAAUGAACACAUCGAAACAUGGGGCCAGUACUAUAUCUUCACCUUUUAGUACCAGCCCGCGCAAGUUACAGGAAAUGACGUUGCCUUCUGACGGGCAUGAUGUGACAACGGCUAGCGGUGUUAGCAUGAAGCAAUUUGAAGAACAAAUAAACAGCUUGAGAAAGGAAAAUUUCCAUUUAAAGCUACGGAUAUAUUUUCUAGAAGAAAAACUAGGAAAUGGAGCACCACCCGUUGUUCAAGGAUUAUUGGAACAUAAUGUACGACUUCAAGUGGAAGUUGAAGAACUGAAAAGACAGCUGAAUGAUAAACAGGAAUUGUUGGCUGCAGCUGCAGAGGCAAUCGACGUGUUGGAGAGUCAGGGUUCGAUUUCUACGGAAGCCGCAGAUUUGUCAGCUAAUAACAGUAUUGUUAGAAAAGAGACGAAUGAGCCAUCCAAGGUUGCUGACCCACAAACCGAUGCCGUGGAUGAAACAUGUCAAUCGGAAUCUGCAGCUGGUGAUUACUUAGCUGUGACUGUAAACAAUGAAAGUUUGGAUCAAUUGACCCGACUCAGAAAGGAAAAUCGUAAAGCGCUUCAAAUGAUUAAAGGGUGCAUGAAAAAAAUUCAGCAACAGGACCAGGAAAUUAAAAAAUUAAAAUUGAACAAAGAGUUGACCUACGCUCAAGUUAGUGAUUCUCACAUAGAGAAUUAUCAGGAAAUAUUAAAAUGUAAAGAUGAGCAUAUUAAGGAUUUGGAAAACAAAGUUCGACUAUUACAGAAUACUGUAGAAAACAUACAAAAUGAUGAUGAAACUGGAAAUCUACAACAGCUCUUGACAAGACGUUUGCAGGGCUUAGCAUAUUUCUUGGACAAAUUAUUGUCCCACAAGUGUGUUCUCGGCGAAGAGAAGAAAAAGCUAGCUGAGAGUAUUUUAGAGCAAAGUUUGGCAUUUCCCGUUGGCUUACAAUUGGACGAAUCGAUGGCUCCUGCUGAGUUUUCUAUGGACGAAAGUAACCUAGACAUUUCACAGUCUAUGAGAAUAGAAGAUUUAACAUUGAUGUUUGGACAUCAUCUAGCGUGUGGUUCUGACAACAACCGCAAUUCGUUCAAGAAACCGCUGAGACAUGUUCCACAGGCAGACGUUAUAUCGGAGUCUGAAUGUUGGUCAGAACCUGAUAGAAACGUUUCUCUAGCACGAGUCGGUUUGUGCGAUACGGGGGUAGCUGCACGGGAGUGUAUGUCGGAAGCCAACCGAUAUCGCGCUCGUCGUUCGCGGCUUUCCUAUGGAUCGCGUUCCGAGGACAAUAAGCCUGUACAAGAAAAUACCUCAUUGGAACAAAAUGACGUAUCUGCGCUUAAUCGACAGUUAGAAGAGGAAAAAAGAGAAUUAACUCUCAAAUUGGACCAUGCAAUUCAACAAAUUAAUGAUCUUGUUAGUGAAAACGAUGAUCUGAAAUCUGCGCUGGACACGGAGCGUUCGAACGCAACUGACACUAAUAACCGUUUGGAAACUUUAAAAGCUGCUUUGAUCGCUCUGGAAACGAAGCUCGCCCAUAACGAACAACAAAUUGUGUACAAUGUUCAGCUGGUGGAAAAACUUCGUGCAGAGAAACAAGAAUUAGAAUCUACGUUUAUGGAAACGGAACGUUCACUCAGGAGAGCCGCGGACGAAGCGACCGUGCAAGCGUCCGAAGUGGCACUCGAGAGAGCACACGUGCAACAUGACAAGUACCUGCUCGAGAAGGAACUCGAAGAAACAAGGGAAAAAUUAGCCGUAGCGAUGGAAACCAAUGCACAGCUAGAGAUUGAAGUAACCCGCAGAGUAGCAAUGGACGAUGAUGAUAAAAAUGUUGAGGUCCGUGAAGGCCUGCCAGCCGAAGAAGAUCGAUCUACGUCACCGGACCAGGGUAUAGACAGCGAUCGGCUCUCUAGUUUAGAACAUAACGAUGCUGUCAACUUAUCACCUCGAUCAUUAUAUGAGGAAAAUAAAACAUUAAAACAAAAAUUAUCAAGGACGAAAGCUACUUUAGCAGAAACUCUAAUACAGCUUAACGCGUCCAAUAUGAGAAAAAUGGGUGUACAACGAGCUAUUUGUAGAGAAAUCCACAAAACCCAUGGAGUUCUGCGCCAAGUCCGAGAUCAUGUCGAACAUCAAAAGUAAUAUUUGAUAUGCGUGCCAAUUAGUGUUAUUGACAUUGUUUCCUUACAUUAUUUUACUUAAAAGAAUUGACAUACUUAUUUAACAAUAAAUAACAAUUUUUGAU